AUGGGCAGGCUGAGUACUUACUGCGACUAUAAAUCUGAUCAGAUCAUCGAAACAAGGCUGCCAUUGCAGGACCUGUCAAACAGGCUGAAGAUUGAAGUACCUGUGGUCCCUGUUCCAGGCAGGGAGCUGACUGUCCCAGCGCAGGCACCUGCAGGAGGAGGGCGCGCUGCGGAGUCUGCCGGAGGAGGAGGGCAGCUGACCCCGGAGCUAGGUGCGCGCAGAGGUGGAAGCGGCUGUGGCCCGGAUCCUGCUACCCGACUUCUCCGAAUUCCAGCCGCCGGGACAUCCCGGGAUCCGAGCUCCCCACGGUGUCUCCGCCUCUCAGAGACCAGCCCAGACGUGGCUGCCGCUGACCCCAGCCCCCACCUUUUACCUCUGCCUGGGGACCCGCAGGGAUGGAGAGCCCGAAAGCUGAAAGGGGAGGCCACGCCCGGAGCGCCCACAGUUCUCUCGGAUUUGGAUAUUUUCUAUGGUGUGUCCUUGCAGAUGCCUCCUGACCUUUUUCCUGUAGCUGCGAUCACGUUAGUCAGGAAAGUAAAGAGCUCAAGUCGGAGUGUGGAUACCAGUGCAGAUGCAGAGACCAUAGCAAGAUUCACCAGAGCCUUGCUGUUUCAACAUCUUGUGGACUCUAUCAAGAAACAGACUAAACAGAUGAUUGGACUGUUGAUAUCCAUUAUCAUUAGACUGAUUGCUAUUACUUUUGCUGCAGCAACUGCUGGGCUUGCCGUCUCUAAGCCAGAGCUCAUCACCUGUCUGGAGCAAAGGAAAGAACCCUGGAAUGUGAAGACUCACCAGACAGUGGUCAAGCACCCAGUUUACAUUCAUAUGGACAAUGCGUUCUCAGAUGGGGGAAUGACUGUGUUCUAUAAACUUCAUACCAGAGGGAAACCCUACAAAUGUCAACAAUGCGACAAAAUUUUUAAACAGUAUUCACACCAUUCUGUACAUAAAAUAAUUCAUUCUGGAGAGAAAUCCUACAAAUGUGAAGAAUGUGGCAAAGCCUUUAAUGAUUCCUCAACCCUUUCUGUACAUAAAAGAAUUCAUUCUGGAGAGAAACCCUACAAAUGUGAAGAAUGUGGCAAAGCCUUUACCCGGUACUCAGCCCUUUCUGUACAUAAAAGAAUUCAUUCUGGAGAGAAACCCUACAAAUGUCAAGAAUGUGGCAAAGACUUUAAGCAUUCCUCAAACCUUUCUAUACAUAAAAGAAUUCAUUCUGGAGAGAAACCCUACAAAUGUGAAGAAUGUGGAAAAGCCUUUAACCGGUACUCACACCUUUCUGUACAUAAAAGAAUUCAUUCUGGAGAGAAACCCUACAAAUGUGAAGAAUGUGGCAAAGACUUUAAGCAUUCCUCAAACCUUUCUAUACAUAAAAGAAUUCAUUCUGGGGAGAAACCCUACAAAUGUGAAGAAUGUGGAAAAGCUUUUAACCGGUACUCAGCCCUUUUUGUACAUAAAAGAAUUCAUUCUGGAGAGAAACCCUACAAAUGUGAAGAAUGUGGCAAAGCCUUUAAUGAUUCCUCAACCCUUUCUGUACAUAAAAGAAUUCAUUCUGGAGAGAAACCCUACAAAUGUGAAGAAUGUGGCAAAGCCUUCAACCGGUACUCACAUCUUUAUGUACAUAAAAGAAUUCAUUCUGGAGAGAAACCCUACAAAUGUGAAGAAUGUGGCAAAGACUUUAAGCAUUCCUCAAACCUUUCUAUACAUAAAAGAACUCAUUCUGGGGAGAAACCCUGCAAAUGUGAAGAAUGUGGAAAAGCCUUUAACCGGUACUCAGCCCUUUCUGUACAUAAAAGAAUUCAUUCUGGAGAGAAACCCUACAAAUGUGAAGAAUGUGGCAAAGCCUUUAACCGGUACUCAGCCCUUUCUGUACAUAAAAGAAUUCAUUCUGCAGAGAAACCCUACAAAUGUGAAGAAUGUGGCAAAGCCUUUAAUGAUUCCUCAACCCUUUCUGUACAUAAAAGAAUUCAUUCUGGGGAGAAACCCUACAAAUGUGAAGAAUGCGGCAAAGCUUUUAACUGGUACUCACACUUUUCUGUACAUAAAAGAAUUCAUUCUGGAGAGAAACCCUACAAAUGUGAAGAAUGUGGCAAAACCUUUAACUGGUACUCAGCCCUUUCUGUACAUAAAAGAAUUCAUUCUGGGGAAAAACCCUACAAAUGUGAAGAAUGUGGCAAAGCCUUUAACCAGUACUCACACAUUUCUGUACAUAAAAGAAUUCAUUCUGGAGAGAAACCCUACAAAUGUCAAGAAUGUGGAAAAGCCUUUAAGCAUUCCUCAAACCUUUCUGUACAUAAAAGAAUUCAUUCUGGAGAGAAAGCCUACAAAUGUGAAGAAUGUGGCAAAGCCUUUAACCGGUACUCACACCUUUCUGUACAUAAAAGAAUUCAUUCUGGAGAGAAACCCUACAAAUGUGAAGAAUGUGGCAAAGCCUUCAACUGGUACUCACAUCUUUAUGUACAUAAAAGAAUUCAUUCUGGAGAGAAACCCUACAAAUGUGAAGAAUGUGGCAAAGCCUUUAAGCAUUCCUCAAACCUUUCUAUACAUAAAAGAAUUCAUUCUGGGGAGAAACCCUACAAAUGUGAAGAAUGUGGAAAAGCUUUUAACCGGUACUCAGCCCUUUCUGUACAUAAAAGAAUUCAUUCUGGAGAGAAACCCUACAAAUGUGAAGAAUGUGGCAAAGCCUUUAAGCAUUCCUCAAACCUUUCUAUACAUAAAAGAAUACAUUCUGGGGAGAAACCCUACAAAUGUGAAGAAUGUGGAAAAGCUUUUAACCGGUACUCAGCCCUUUCUGUACAUAAAAGAAUUCAUUCUGGAGAGAAACCCUACAAAUGUGAAGAAUGUGGCAAAGCCUUUAAUGAUUCCUCAACCCUUUGUGUACAUAAAAGAAUUCAUUCUGGGGAGAAACCCUACAAAUGUGAAGAAUGUGGAAAAGCCUUUAACCGGUACUCAGCCCUUUCUGUACAUAAAAGAAUUCAUUCUGAAGAGAAACCCUACAAAUGUGAAUAAUGCGGCAAAGCUUUUAACUGGUACUCACACUUUUCUGUACAUAAAAGAAUUCAUUCUGUAGAGAAACCCUACAAAUGUCAAGAAUGUGGCAAAGCCUUUAAGCAUUCCUCAUCCCUUUCUGUACAUAAAAGAAUUCAUUCUGGAGAGAAACAUUACAAAUAUGAAUAG